CUUUAAGUUAUCGCGCAAAAUGGACGCUCUGCUCCAAGAAGUAGCAGAAGAGCUGGACGUCCUGCCAUCUACCAUUCAGAACAUUCUGGACAAAAAAUCGCUCAAAUGGGUCUUCAUAGGUGGAAAGGGUGGAGUAGGCAAGACGACUUGCUCUAGCACCAUCGCCGUUUUGCUCAGCCGAGUUCGAGAAAGCGUCUUGAUCAUAUCCACAGACCCCGCACACAACCUGAGUGAUGCCUUUGGACAGCAGUUUACGGGAAAGCCCACUCUGGUCAAAGGUUUCGAAAACUUGUUUGCUAUGGAAAUCGACCCCACGUUCGAAGAAGAUACGGUUCCGGAUGUCUUGAAGCAAGACUCCAGCAUGCUGAACACGCUAAAAGACCUGAUUCUCUCGCUUCCCGGAAUAGAUGAGGCCAUGAGCUUCGCCGAAGUCAUGAGACAAGUCCAAAAGCUACAAUUCGACGUGGUGGUCUUCGAUACGGCUCCAACGGGACACACUUUGAGAUUGCUGAGCUUUCCUGCUACGAUGGAUAAGGCGCUGUCCCAAAUGGCAAACAUGAAACAUAAAUUCUCCAACGUGUUCAACCAAUUCUCCUCCAUGUUCAGAGGGAACCAAAACGCAGAACAAAUGGAAGAAAAGCUAGAAUCAACGAGACACAUCAUAGAAGAAGUCCACAAACAGUUCAAGAAUUCAGACCUUACAACUUUUGUGUGUGUCUGCAUCCCGGAAUUUCUAUCUUUGUAUGAAACCGAGCGCCUCGUCCAAGAGCUCAUCAAGUUCGAAAUGGAUGUUUGCAACAUCAUCAUUAAUCAAGUAUUGUUUUCAGAAAAAGAGACGGGCUGCAAGCUUUGCGAGGCGCGAACAAAAAUGCAGGCCAAGUAUAUAAAUCAGAUAGAGGCGCUGUACCAAGAUUUUCACGUCAUCAAAUUGCCUCUGCUAAAGGGUGAAAUUCGAGGUGUGAAUGGAGAGUACGGGCUCAUCAACUUUGGAAAUUACAUGCUCCACCCUUACGAGGACGAAUGGAAUUUAAAGAACAAUGUUGUAGAGCAAUAAUACAUUUGCUCUAAAAAUAAACAUUCACCCUCGCGAAUA